AUGAAUAUAUUCCGGAUCCUUGCGGACUUGUCGCAUCUUGCUUCGAUUUUCAUUCUCAUAGCUAAGAUGCGAUCGUCAAGUAGUGCAGCGGGAAUAUCAUUCAAAUCGCAAUUCCUCUAUCUCGUGGUCUACAUAACUAGAUAUCUUGAUCUCCUAUGGACGAACCCAACCAAGUCACUAUGGAACACAACAUUCAAAAUCAUCUUUAUCGCUGCUCAAGUCUACAUCGUCUAUCUUAUGCUCAACGACUACAAGCCCACCCAUGACACGAGCCAAGACACAUUCAAGGUGGAAUACUUGCUGGGUGGAGCUGCCGUUAUGGGGAUACUAUUGCCGUAUUCGUAUAGGCCGGCUGAGAUGCUGUGGGCAUUCUCGAUCUGGCUAGAAUCCGUCGCCAUUCUGCCCCAAUUGUUCAUGCUUCAACGAACUGGCGAGGCUGAGACGAUCACAACCCACUACCUCUUCGCGCUGGGCGCCUACCGAGGGCUGUACAUCCCCAAUUGGAUUUGGCGAUAUUUCACAGAGAUUCAUUAUCAUUGGGAUCCGAUUCCUGUGGUCGCUGGCAUCAUCCAAACGGUUUUGUACACCGAUUUCUUCUACAUUUAUUACACGAAGGUGCUCCAGGGCAAAAAGUUCAACCUGCCCGUAUAG